AUGACAUCUUUAACUUCCGCUAAACUAUGCUUCUUGCCUUAUUGCCUUGUCAUCUUCUUGUAUGUUUCAUCACCAAAUUGGGUUGCUUUUCCUUCUGCUACUUCUACUUCUCAUACUGAAGCAAAGGCUCUUCUCAAAUGGAAAGCCAACUUAUUUCCAAAGAAAGCCCUCAAUUCUCUCACCUGGUAUGACCCUCCCACUCAUAAUGCUACCAAUUCUUCCAGCAGCAAUCCAAAACAAAAAACAAGCCCAUGCACUUGGACUGGUGUUUCAUGCAACGCAGCUGGAAGUGUCAACAGGAUAGACCUUUCCAAUAGGGGUAUUCAAGGUACGCUACAUGAAUUUUCAUUCUUGUCCUUCCCUAAUCUUGAAUAUCUUAACCUCAGCUUGAACGAACUAUUUGAUGCCAUCCCACCUCAAAUCAGUAACCUCUCCAAACUCCACUAUCUCGAUCUCUCUGUAAAUGAGUUGUCUGGGAGAAUCCCACCAGAAAUCAAUCUCUUGAGAAAUCUUACAUAUCUUGGUCUCUUUGCAAACAAUUUGUUGGGGGAAAUUCCCAAUGUGAUAGGCAACUUGAAAUCUCUUGUAGAUCUAGAGUUGUUCUCCAACAAUUUAAGUGGUCUCAUCCCUCCAAAUAUUGGUAACUUAAUAAAGUUAAACACUUUGUACUUGGAAGACAAUCACCUUUCUGGUUUGAUUCCUAAUGAGAUAGGGAACUUGAAAUCUCUUGUAGCUCUGGGGUUGUCCAACAACAAUUUAAGUGGUCUCAUCCCUCCAAAUAUUGGUAACUUAAUAAAGCUAAAUGGUUUGUAUUUGUACAACAAUAAACUUUCUGGUUUGAUUCCCAAGGAGAUGUGGAACUUGAAAUCUCUUGUAAAUCUAGACUUGGGCAAGAAUCAACUCAAUGGUUCAAUUCCUGUUUCAAUCGGUGACUUGCGCAACUUGGAAUCCUUCUACCUACCUGAUAACCACCUUUCCGGACCCAUCCCUCAAGAGAUGGAGAAUCUCAAGAUGUUGACUAAUUUGCAGUUGAGAAACAACCAAUUUUCUGGUCAUUUGCCCCAAAAUAUUUGCCAAGGUGGAAAACUCACAAACUUUUCUGUAUUCAGAAACUAUUUGACUGGUUUAAUCCCCAGAAGCUUGAAAAACUGCACGAGCUUAUUCAGAGUCCGUCUUGACCAUAACCAAUUUACAGGCAAUAUAUCUGAAGUGUUUGGUGUUUAUCCGAAUCUUGAUUUUAUGGAUGUAAGCCAUAACAACUUGUAUGGAGAAAUCUCACACAAUUGGCAAAAAUGCCCAAAGUUGACAACCCUGCGGCUUGCAGGAAACAACCUUACUGGGAGCAUCCCACCUGAGAUAGGCAAUGCAACCCAAAUUCAUGAGCUAGAUCUCUCUUUGAAUCAUUUAGUUGGGUUGAUUCCAAGAGGACUCGGGAGAUUGACUUUUUUGGUGAAGUUGAUGUUGAAUGGGAAUCAACUUUUGGGUCGUAUACCCUCUGAAUUAGGAUCAUUGACUGAUCUUGAUUAUCUUGACCUGUCAACAAAUAAAUUCAGUGACUCAAUGCCUAGCAUUCUAGGUGACUUGCUCAAAUUAUACCAUAUGAAUUUGAGCAACAACAAGUUAUCUCAAGCAAUUCCACUUCAGUUGGGGAAGUUAGUUCAAUUGAACGAACUGGAUUUAAGUUAUAACUCUCUUGAAGGUAGCAUACCAUCAGCAAUAAGCAAUAUGGAGAGUUUGGUGGCACUCAAUCUUUCGCACAACAAUCUUUCGGGUUCCAUACCAUCAAGUUUCGAAGAGAUGCGUGGCUUGUCGUACGUUGACAUAUCCUACAAUCACUUGGAAGGUCCCCUUCCCAACAUCAGUGCAUUUCGAGAAGCUCCGUUAGAAAGAUUGAAAGAGAACAAACGAUUGUGUGGCAAAGUUGGAGCUUUGUUGCCACCCUGCAAUGCACAUGGCUCAAAAAAGGACCACAAGGUCAUAUUAUCUGUUCUAGCAGUAUUUGUACUUCUAUCUGCACUCUUUACAUUUUUUUUGUAA